AUGGCUGCCCGAGACGAGACAAAACCGCUCCGCGUCGCCGCCAUCCUCAUCGGCUCCCUCGGCGACGUCGCGCCCUUCGCGGACCUCUUCUCGAGGCUGCCGCGCGUCGAGCCGACGAUCUUCUGCCUCGACGAGGCCGUGGCCUACGUGGAGAAGCGCGGCAUGGCCGCCGUGGGCCUUUUCAGCAUCGAGACGUGGAAGGAGAACGAGACGACGCUCGACGGCGCGACGCUGACGGGCAUGGACUUCGUCAAGGCGUGGAUCCGCCACAUGCUCGCGCCGGCGACGCUCGACGACUGCGUGGCGAAGAUCCGCGAGCACCACGUGGCGCGACCGUUCGACGCCCUCCUCUACCAGACCCAGGCCUUCCCCGUCGUCCCGUUCGUCAAGAUCGAGGUCACGGAGAGCGUGCCGAACCUGAUCCGGAACCCGUCCGUCGACUGCGCGUCGGUGCCGACGUGCGCCAUGCCCUACCUCUGGCACGCCUACUACGAGACCGUCUUCACCCUGCUGCUGGAGAACGGCUGGCGCGAGGCCUGCGAGCGCCACGGCCGCGAGAUCGAGACGCCCGCGCAGGGCUACCAGCGCUCGCUCCACACGCCGCGCGCGGCGGCGCGGCGUGGAACGCGCCGCUCUUUCAUCGCGCCGCGCCCCAGGUACCUCAUCGGCAACGACGUCUGCUUCUCGGACUGCGCGGCCACCGGCGGCGCGCACGUGCUCGCGCACGACUUCCUCGCGACGCCGCGCUGGCGCGUCGACGACGAGGCGCCCGACGCCGAGGCCGCGGCGGCCGUCGAGGCCUUCGUCGCGGAGCACGGCCGCGUGGGCCUCGUCUGCUUCGGCUCCAUGCGCGCGCGCGGCGUCGGGGAGGCCUAUCUGUUUUUGGAAGCCGCAAGAAUAAACCCCGGCGACUCCAUCCUGCUCGCAACGUCCAACGACACGUACCAGUUCGUCGACGCGAAGCCGUCCGUCAAGUUUCGCAUCGGCAAGCAGCAGGUCAAGGCGACGGACCUCGUCGACGCCAGCUUCGGGCAGCUCUUCACGCUGCAGAAUAAGGCGCUCGUGCCGACGACGCGCGAUGCCUUGAACAUCACGCUCGAGGCCAGCAACAACAACAAGAAGGACAACCGCGACCUCGACGACGACAACAAGGCGCAGUCCCUCGACGCGGACGCGAUCAAGGACAUGCGGUCGCGGGGCGAGACGGGCGCGGCGAUCAUCGGCGCGCUCGCCGAGGGCAGCGCGACCUGGGACUCGAAGACGGAGUUCAGCAAGGCCAAGUGGCUCAAGCGCAAGGCGAAGAAGUACCUGCCCUGGGUCCAGGUCCUGGAGCCGACGGCGAACGCGAUCGCCGAGGCGUACUUCGUGCGCGCCGCGGGCAAGGGCCGGCGUCGCAAGGGCCGCGCGGUGCGGCCCGACGCCGUCGCGCAGCUCCUGGCCCGCGGCAACGUCCGCGCCGGCGCGCGCGUCGUCGUCGUCGACGCCUGCCACGGCGUCGUCGCGGGCGCCGUCGCGGAGCGCUGCGGCGAGCGGGGGAACGUGUUGUUGCUCUACGAGGGCCAGCAGGCGACGAUGGACGCGGUGAAGAAGUUCAACUUCUCCGACGCCCUGCGCGGCGCCAUCGCGACGGCGCCCGCCGACGUCUUCUACGCCGAGUCGUCGCGGCCCGAGGCCGAGUCGCUCGCGCGCGACGCCGAGGCCGCCGCGGCCGCCGCGGAGCGGACCGAGGACGCGCGGCCGCGCCGCGACCACGGCGCGACCUGCCGCGCCUGGCUGCGCGCGCGCGCCCACGCCCUCGUGCUCGCGCCGAGCCUCGACCCGCUCUCCGUGCUCCGCGCGACGCUGCCCGCGCUCCACCCGAGCUGCGCCGUCGUCGUCUACGGCGACCACCUCGAGCCGCUCGCGCGCGCGUUCGCCUGGCUCCGCGACUCGGGCCACGCCGUCCGCGUCCAGCUCACGGAGACGUGGCAGCGCGACUUCCAGAUCCUCGAGAACCGGUCCCACCCGGACAUGGCCAUGACCGCGAACGCGGGCUACGUCCUCUCCGCGAUCAAGGUCGUCCGCGAGGACGACGCGGAGCCGUCGCGGAAGCGGCCGCGCGAGGAGCCGGAGGGGUAA